AUAGCCGAACCCACCGUCAACGUCCAACACCGGCAGCCCCCUUCGUAUCAAUCUUACGUUCGUUGCUUCGAUUCUCCAACUAACUGUAAAAAAAGAAAGAUCGAACCAAUUUUUACACCGAAUCAAAGUAAGAAGACGUGAUUGAUCAUGAGUGCCACCGACAAGACAGCCGACUUUGACGUUGGGGCUGUAGCUCACGUUAAUUUUCGGGUUCGCGGGGAAAGGCUAGGUCACGGAGAAGAAGUGUUUUUGGUAGCGCAAGACGAUCCAACGAUGCAAAGGGCCAUUCCUCUCUACACUUCCGCGACUCAAUUUCCCUGGUAUCAUUCCGUGUCACCAAUUACGCUUCCUUUGCCGCUCCGGGCUCUGGAACGUGAACCUCGUAAACAAGGAAACUUUGUCUAUCGCUACGCCAUUCACCGUGCGGGUAUCUUUCAUCAUUGGGAAGAUACUACCGAUGCUCCGGAAGAUUUGCAAGCCGCCAAGUCCUUGAGAUUGAGCGCGAGCACUUCCGCUCAGAGCUUGCCCGUCACGGAAGACGAUCUUACCGUCCCCCACAACAGCCCUCAUCACGAAGUGCCCCUACAUCUGAUGCACAAUCACGAAUCGUACGUGGUGAACGACGUGCUGGGAUUAACCAACACCAAGCCGGAAAUUGAUCACAUUCGGGCCGAUACGCAGCCGACCUACACACGGGCGUCGACGUUGCACGCCCGGGGGCUCAGUCAAGACAUGUCCGCCAAGGGUAGUGCCGGUCAGCUGGUUGGGCCAUCCCCCGGACCGUCCAAGACGCGCAAAAAAGCCGUCGGAUUUGCUCCUCCUCCCCAGUCCUAUCAUCAACGCACUGCUCAGCAAGCCAAUAUGAAACAAUCCGUAAACUUGAAUUCGACGGAUGGAUUGGUUGUGGUCAGUGCCUUUCUUCCAGUUGUACUCCACCGUACCGACGAGGGAAAGUGGACGGCUGAUUGGGACUACGAAAUGCUCUUGUCCAUGCACACUCACUUGCGUGUCAUCCGUGUUGGUGUCGUCAAAUGGCGAGGCUGGCACGGCCGAUCCGGGAAAAAUGGAAGUCCCGAAAAUGGUGUUCCACGGAGUGAACGGAAGCUUGUGGAAGAGUGCUUACAGAAUUUUGACUGCGUACCGGUCUGGAUCGAGCCACUGUUGUUUGGUGAGUUCUAUAACGGCUUUUGUAAGGGUGUGCUUUGGCCUGUCGUGCACAAUGUUACGUCAGUUUACUCCAAUCGUCCGGAAGACAACGAAAUAUUCUCCGGUCAACGGGUAGUGCAAGAUAAAACGCAGUUUUCGGAAUACAGUAUGGAUGAUGUGGAACAAGGACCGGUGCACGGCGGUCGGGGACGCGAGGCCGCGUUAUGGUCGGCGUACAAUACCGUCAAUCGCCAGUUUGCUGAUGUGGUGGUUCAAUGCUUCAACGGACACGAAUUGGUUUGGAUUCAUGGCUUUCAUCUCUUGAUUCUGCCGUCCUACUUGACACGACGCAUCCCGAUGGCCAAAGUUGGUAUCUUCUUACAUACACCCUUUCCGAGUUCGGAGAUCUUCCGAACUCUAUGGUGCCGUGAAGAUCUGCUGCGCGGCAUGUUGAACGCCGACCAAGUUGGCUUCCACUUGUUUGAAUACGCUCGACAUUUUCUGACAUCUUGUCGCCGACUACUGGGUCUUAAUUAUGGGAUGAUCCCUGACGCCUCCGGUGGGCACACUCUGGCCAUUGAUACCAACGGACGUCACGUGGCGGUGACCAGUAUUCAUGCGGGCGUCGAACCGCCCGUCCUGAACCAGAUUUUGACGCAUAGCAGUACCGUCGAAAAGGCAGGAUCCAUUCGGAAUCGAUUCGAGGGUAAACACAUCUUCUGCGGUAUUGACCGACUUGAGUCUCUCAAGGGUAUCCCGUUGAAACUGCUGGGACUUGAGCGCUUUCUUCGCCGUUGCCCUGAAUGGGUUGGAAAGAUUGUGCUUGUACAAGUUGGCAUCUCGGCGUUUGAACGUGGAGAUGAUUACUCUAUUACUAAGCACGAAGUGGUGAAACUAGUGGACAAGAUUAACCAGGAAUGGCCCGGGACAAUUCAAUUUCAAGAGUGUUACGAAUCAGAAAUGAGACUUCAGCAACGAAUGGCGUUGCUUCGCGCGGCCGAUGUUGUCGUUGUAACCUCCAUUCGUGACGGCCUCAAUCUAUUGCCACUCGAGUUUACAACGGCACAUCAAGACGCCAUGACGGAAAUGGGCAGAAAGGAUGGUCGUAAGCGUGGUUUGUGCAUACUGUCCGAAUUCACUAGCUGUACACGGGUUAUGCGUGGGGCGCUGCACGUAAAUCCUUGGAAAAUUUCCGAAAUCGCUAAUGCUUUCAACACCGUCCUUAACAUGACCGAAGACGAGCGAAUACGACGCAUUCGCAUCGCCUCGGAAUUUGUCACUCGAGUAUCGACACAACGCUGGGCUCUUGCUGUAAUGCUGGAUUUGAAGGGUGUCAACAAGAACAGUCCUGUUCAAUUAGCUGGCGCCGGGCUUGGUUUGGGUUACCGUCUCCUUGGAAUGGAUUCUGGUUUCGUAUCACUUGAUUCAAACACAGUCGCGCGGGCGUAUCGUACGUCUCGUGCUCGGCUCAUCCUUGUGGACUACGGUGGAACUAUUGUGAGCAAUGACAAUUUGGACAGCUUGACUCGAUUCCAAAUGGUCCGAGAGCGUAGUGCUCGUUCGACUCCAAGCAAGGCGGUGAUCACGGCCUUGCGAGGUCUAUGCGAAGAUAAGAGAAAUACUGUUUUUGUCGUCAGCGGAAAAGAACGCCACUCCUUGACGUCAACACUCGGUGACAUUUCUAAUUUAGGGCUUGCAGCUGAACACGGUAUGUUCAUAUCGUGGCCCACUGCGAAAACGAAGACUCGACGACGUUGGGAAACCCUCGUACCAGAAACCGACCGAACAUGGAGGUCUCUUGCUAUGACAAUUAUGGAAGUUUACACAUCACGAACCCACGGAAGUUAUAUCGAAGAAACAGAGAUGAAAGUUCUGUGGCAAUACCGCGAUGCCGAUACGGAAUUCGGAUCGCUUCAAGCCAAGGAACUAGAAGAUCAUCUUUCCAAGUAUUUACGAAGCUUUCCGGUCGAUAUUUUGCAUGGUGGGGUGGAAGAAGGUGGAUAUGUCGAAGUUCGUCCAAAAGGAGUUAACAAGGGCGUUCUCGCUAUGCGUGUUAUUAAGAGAUUUCCCGAAAUGGCACAAAAAGACAAGCUUGAGUUUGCUUUGGUAUUAGGAGACGACCAUUGCGACGAACCGAUGUUGUCGGUUAUGCGCCAAAUCGGUAGACGGGUGAAAGCCGUGCGGAGAGCUCAGCAUGGCGAGCCCCCUUUACCAGAUAUGCCAGCGACGAUUCAACUUGUGGAUGUGUCGUCAUGCGACAACUAUCUCUCAUCAGAACUUGAAGUGUUUACGAGCACAGUUGGCAAAAAACCGAGCGCAGCAGCCAACUAUCUUCACGACGUCGACGAAGUGCAGGAGCUACUAGCUAGCCUCGUACGAGUUUCCACUCGUGAUCCCCGACACUUUUCCGCGCUUGAUCUUACAGCCUUCUCGAAUGGAAGCUCUGGAGUCAAGAACACGCAAAGCCCGGCGUUGGCUAAGUCCACAAGUUUGAAUGAGAUUAAUAAGCAAGAUCCAACGGUUAGCGUCAGCAUGAAUCUGGCGGCAUAUUUCGAAACAAUUGAAGACAACGAAGAAGAUCAAGAGGAUGAGUUUUUGUUCUUCUAAUAGAAGAGGAUACAUUAAUCACUAACAUACGGAUGCAUAAUAG